CAUCCCCACCCCCACCUCCAUCAUCUGUUCCUUUGCUCCCACAUCCAUUAUAGGGCAGGUUUGUAUUUAGACUGAUUGAGCAAGAGAGAGAGAGAGGUGGGGGGGGGGCGUCGGGAGUAGAGCGAGAGAGCGAGAGAGAGAGAGAGAGAGAACUAGCUGAAAGCGGCGAGCAGGCUAACAAGCAAGCAAGGCUGCGGCCAUGGACGGCGUCAACAAUGGAGCCGCAGAGGAUGUGCUGAGGUGAUCAGUCAGCCGGGGCCUCGGCUGAGGGUGACGAUACUCGAGGCGGUGCGGGGUGGGGUGGGGUGGGGGGGAUAAUCGGGGGGAGGAAGAGGAGGCGAGGAGGGAGGAGGAUGGGCCUGGCACAGCGGCAAUUGGAUUAAAGCAGUAUGCUGGACAAGAGCGAGGCGACGACUCUCAGCCUCCCCUCCACCGCCAGCCAUGGAGGCUCCGACAGCAACAUCAGCGCGGAGGCGGCGGGGUCAUCAUCGGGGGUCACAGGCGGAGGCGCGGAGGGCGGCGCGGGGGCCGGAGAGCCUCAUCGGACGCGCGCCGCCCUGGAGCACCUGCAGCAGAAGAUCCUGAAGGUGACCGAGCAGAUACGCGUGGAGCAGGAGGCCCGUGACGACAACGUGGCCGAGUACCUGAAGUUGGCCCACAACGCCGACAAACAGCAGGCUUCCAGGAUCAAGCAGGUGUUUGAGAAGAAGAACCAGAAGUCGGCCCAGACCAUCGCACACUUGCACAAAAAACUAGAGCACUAUCACAAGAAGCUAAAGGAGAUAGAGCAGAAUGGACCCGCCCGUCAGCCAAAGGACGUCCUGCGGGACAUGCAGCAAGGAUUAAAGGACGUGGGGGCCAACGUUCGCGCGGGGAUAAGUGGUUUUGGCGGCGGUGUAGUGGAAGGCGUGAAAGGUGGCGUGUCGGCCCUCACUCACACGGCCGUGGUCUCCAAGCCCAGAGAGUUUGCCAGCCUCAUCAGGAACAAGUUUGGCAGCGCGGAUAACAUCGCCCACCUGAAGGACACAUUGGAGGACGGCGUCGGGGGCCACGCGGACGACGCCCCCACCCCUCGCGCGCUGAGCGGAAGCGCCACGCUGGUCUCCAGCCCAAAGUACGGCAGCGACGACGAGUGCUCCAGCGCCACGUCCGGCUCGGGCGCUUGCAGCAACUCUGGCGGGGCGGGAGGAGGAGGCGUGUUAGGGCCCACGAUUGGGAGUCCCAGGUUGGACGGGCACCACCAUCAUCACCAUCACGUGCACAGCUCGUGGGACUCUCUCCUUGAGGGCCUGCAGGAAAUCAAAGCAAGUCAGGCCCACAUGGAGGACACCAUCGAGGACAUGAAGGGCCAGCUGCAGAGCGACUACUCCUACAUGACACAGUGCCUGCAAGAGGAGAGAUACAGGUAUGAACGACUAGAAGAGCAACUGAGUGACCUGACGGAGCUUCAUCAGAAUGAAAUGAGCAAUCUCAAACAGGAACUGGCCAGCAUGGAGGAGAAGGUGGCGUAUCAGUCCUACGAGAGAGCAAGAGACAUUCAGGAGGCGGUGGAGUCCUGCCUGACACGCAUCACCAAGCUGGAGCUUCAGCAGCAGCAGCAGCAGGUGGUCCAGCUGGAAGGCGUGGAGAACGCCAACGCUCGGGCGCUGCUGGGCAAGCUCAUCAACGUCAUUCUGGCGCUCAUGGCCGUGCUGCUGGUCUUCGUGUCCACGCUGGCCAACUUCAUCACGCCGCUGAUGAAGACGCGAGCCCGCGUGGCCGCCACCGUGCUCCUGACUGUGCUGCUAUUCGUCUUGUGGAAGCAUUGGGACUUUGUGGAGACCUGGCUUCUUCCCAGCUGAGCCGGAGAGGGUCAACUAACCAGAAGCACACGGGAUGACCUUCAGAACUCCAGUCCAUCUCAUUGAUCUGCUCCAUUGGUGUGGAUGACCAAUCAUUGAUUACGAAACCGCUGUCACCAAAAAACAAACAAAAACAACUCCUGCAAUGCUUUUUAUUUUCUAACUAGGAGGACACCGUGAAGACAGGAUGAGGAUCCGUCAUGAAUGUUAUGUGCUCGUCGUCAUGCAUGUCCUCGUGUGGCAUGUCUUGACGCUUCAGGAAGGACAACAUUUUUGGAUUUUGGAAUAAUUGCCAUUUAGUUGGAUACUGUACAUUCAUCCAACACUUACAUUAGGUAUACCUGCACAAUGUGUCCACAAACCAGCAGCAUUGUAAUGUCCAUUUUUUCAAUUUAAUUUAAUUUAAUUUAAUUUAAUUUAAUUUAAUUUAAUUUAAUUUAAUUUAAUUUAAUUUAAUUUAAUUUAAUUUAAUUUAAUUUAAUUUAAUUUAAUUUAAUUUAAUUUAAUUUAAUUUAAUUUAAUUUAAUUUAAUUUAAUUUAAUUUAAUUUAAUUUAAUUUAAUUUAAUUUAAUUUAAUUUAAUUUAAUUUAUAUUUUUUGUAAAUAAGUAUAUUUUAUUCAUACACCUUUCACAGGAAAAAAGUAUCUUUUUUUGGAAUAAUAAAAUGUAAAAAAAAAAACUAAAAACACAAUAAAUACGCAUGGAUUUAUCCAAUUUAGCUAAAAGCCUGCUUAAAUACAUAUAUUUAAGUAAAUCCAUAUUUUUAUAUUGUUUAAGUAGAUUUUUUUCAUACAAAUCCUUCCACAGAUAAAAAUCAUGAAGCAUUUUUGUCAUAAAAUAAUUCUAGAAUAAAAACAACGUAUUCAUUCAUUCAUUCAUUUUUCUGGAGCCAAUCCCAGCUGUCUUCGGGCGAGAGGCGGGGUACACCCUGGACUGGUGGCCAGCCAAUCACAGGACACAUAUAGACAAACAACCAUUCACACUCACAUUCAUAUCUAUGGACAAUUUGGAGUCGCCAAUUAGAAUUAGCCUAGCAUGUGGGGCCUGCGUGCUAACCACUCGUCCGCCGUGGAGCCCAAGUAAUGUAUGAUUAAGUAAUUAUUUAUGAUUAUAUAUUUUUUAUUUGAAAUAUCUAUGAUCUAUUAAUAUAAUAUAAUAAGCAAUUGUAAACAAAUUAAUUAUUAAUUUAGAAAUAAAUAAUUAUUCGUAUUCUAUUUGUUUUCUACUGUGUUUUCCAAUAAAAUAAAAUCAAUUACACAAAUACACAAAACCCCAGUUUCAGGAAAAUAUCAAUUCCCGACUAAAAAAAAAAAAGAGAAAAUUAGCUUUUUGUGAAAAGAUACAUUUCCAGCUUAACUAAUAUUUUUUGCUAAGGUGACAGCUAACUAUCUAAACAUAACUAACUAUACCAACAUAAACAACACAAAAAUGGGUUGUUUUACAACAAAAUAGCAAUUUAUUUACAUAUUUUGUUUACAAUUGGAACUGAACUAUGUGUAACAACCGCAAACGCAAACGGUUCUACUUUUCGGCAGCAAUAUACGUCACACCCCCCCUCCUAAAAAUGUUGAGAAAUUACAUCAUAAUCAAUCUUUUUUUUGUUUGUUUUGUUUUUUUUCACUACUGAAAAAAUUAAGACAAAAAUAUUUGUUAGCAAGAUUUGUUUGGAUGGAAGGAUGAAUGGAUGGAUGGAUGGAGGGUAUUUCUAUGUUUCGAAUCAUCAACAGGGGAAUCCUUUAGCGAGCUUUUUUAUCGGAAAGCCGGACUCGCAUGUAGCCAAGGUAGCUAGCUUUUAAAAGGGGAACUACACUUUUUGGGGGGAAUUUUGCCCAAAAAAAAUUUUUUUUUUUUCCCUUUUCUGUGCAUUAUAACACGAGAAAACAAGUGCCACUGGAGAUUUAUUUGGAGAAAAAUAAAUAGCCUUCCCUGAUUAUAUUAUCCAUUUAUAAAAGCUAAAUAUGCUAGCGUUAGCACGGGAAAUAAAAUGCAAUAUGACAUAUUAAUACUUAAUAUUAGCAGAUGUAAAUGUCACAGGAGACCAUGCAUCAUGAGUACUCAUCACAUUAGUCUCCUUAUAUUACAAUAUUUUCUGGAGGAAUAAACAUUAUUAUAUAAAGGAAAAACAUUGGAAAACACGCAAAACACUGCCCACUAGUGGUCACAACAAGAUACGGCGUAUGAAAAUGCUUCAUGAAACCAUAACAUCAAAAACAAAAGUUGUUGCUCCAAUGAAUUAUUUUUUUUUUAAUGGAUAAAUGUUCAUUUGUCAAAGUUAAUAGUUAGCAUAGUUAGCAUAAUAAUCACAUUCACAUGCUUUAUGCUGGCAUUCAUGUGAAAUAUUGAAUUGUGAUGAUGGUACAACAAACAUGAUGGUACAAAUGUUUCUAAUGUUUUUGUUGAAAUGAUUAGAAACAUAUUAAUAAGUUGAAUAAGCAAUGCCAGCGUUUCCAUUGAAAGGGGGUUGGUUGGUUAUAUUGUGCAGGCGUACCGAAUGUUGCGUCCCUCCCUGGUUUGUCGCUUUUUAGACAUUUCUCUGGCCGUGUUUCCUUAGCUGGCGUUGAACCAAUCCGCUCACCUUCAUGCAUCACCUUCGUCAUUAUGAUAACGUGAAAAAGAUUUUUCCAUGCAUAUAGUAAAUGAUUUGACUUGUCGUAGAUCUGCUUUUGCUCCCUCCCUGCAGUAUCAAACUGGCAUGUCAGUGUGUGUGUGUGUGUGUGUGUGUGUCAAUGUUUCUAUCCAUUUUGCAAAAAUAAAUAUGUCUGUUUUUUCAA